GCAAGCAUCCGACCCAGCACACAGCCGACAGAACCGAAGUCUCUCGUCUGAAAACACUUGGCUCCAGCUCUGAUUCGGACCCUACUUUUGCCCCUGAACCAAGUUAAAAACAAAACAAACAAACAAAACGAAAACAAGGAUAAGUGUUUGUGCGGGAACUAACUACCGACACUUGUUGUUCGCCUCUCCAGAUAAACCUCCAGUUGGCAUCCAGAAGCUCUCAGUGGAGAGUCUGGUGCGCACAUGGCACCGACAACGCGCUCCUCUCUUUGCUGACAGCCGCGCUACAUGAAGCCACACAUUGGAUAAUGAGGCCUCCCUGCUGUGCGGCUACUCUCACACCUAACAAUAUCAAGUGAAGUUUGGAGUUUCUCCUGAGAUUUGAUUUUUUUUUUUUUGUGGUCUUUUUUUGGUACAUCUUGGGCUAAAAAAAGUGAGGAAAAGUCAUGUUGGGGUUAAACAGGAUUCCCAGUCUCCGUGCAGCUCAGAUUCAGCGCUGUGGUUCGCCGGCGGGAGCUAGACUCUCGCCCCGAUCUUCUUCAUGCCAGAACGCCGGUGCCAGUUCGAGGAUUUAUUGCGCGUGUCUGCUGUUGCUGCUGCUUGUGACGCCUCGGGUGGACUCCUCAUGGUGGUAUAUCGGCGCACUCGGUGCCCGUGUAAUCUGUGACAACAUCCCCGGCCUGGUGAACAAGCAGCGGCAGCUUUGCCAACGCCACCCUGACAUCAUGCAGGCAAUUGGGGAGGGAACCAAAGAGUGGAUCAGAGAGUGCCAGCACCAGUUCAGACACCAUCGAUGGAACUGCAGCACACUGGACCGUGACCACACUGUCUUUGGACGUGUCCUGCUGAGGAGCAGCCGUGAAGCAGCAUUCGUCUAUGCCAUCUCCUCAGCAGGAGUAGUCUACGCGCUCACUCGAGCCUGCAGCCAGGGGGAGCUGAGGACGUGCAACUGUGACCCACACAAACGCGGACGAGAUAAAGAUGAUAGAGGAGAGUUUGACUGGGGUGGCUGUAGCGAUAACAUCAACUACGGGAUAAAAUUUGCCAAAACCUUCAUAGAUGCCAAAGAGACAACGGUCCGAGAUGCUCGGGCACUCAUGAACCUACACAACAACCGCUGUGGCAGAACGGCGGUGAAGCGCUUCAUGAAGCUGGAGUGUAAAUGUCAUGGAGUGAGCGGCUCUUGUACGCUACGGACAUGCUGGAAUGCUAUGUCAGACUUCAGGAAGACAGGUGACUACCUGAGGAGAAAAUACAACGGGGCUAUCGAGGUGAUGAUGAAUCAAGAUGGGACAGGUCUCACUGUAGCUAACAAGGACUUCAGGAAGCCUACCAAAAAUGACCUGGUGUACUUUGAGAGCUCUCCGGAUUACUGCCUGCAAGACAAAGCAGCAGGUUCCCUGGGCACAGCCGGACGGGUCUGCAAUAAGACAUCGCGUGGCACAGACGGCUGCGAGGUUAUGUGCUGUGGGCGUGGCUACGACACCACGAGAGUCAAGCAAAUCACCAAAUGCGAGUGCAAGUUCAAGUGGUGCUGCUCUGUGGAGUGUAAGGACUGUGAGGAAGCUGUAGACAUACACACAUGCAAGGCUCCCAAACGAGCUGAAUGGCUGGACCAGACCUGAGGACACGCCCCCUACGAUCCCUGCAAUGCAACCCCGCCCCUUUCCCCAGUGCAGGAUAUCCUGUGGAACACGGCAUUCUGGGAAAGUUUGUCCAAAAGUGCUCUGCAUCUCCGCCUUCCUCUCCCUUCCCCGCAACCUCGACUCAAUGCAUGGCUUUUCUACCUGUCUCUGUGAAAGCACUAGAAUUCAGUACCCGUCAAUAUGAAUUAAUACCCAUUAGCCCCUGUUUGUGAACGGCCCUGUGACUGAACUGCUGGGAUCAGAUGAACAGUGAUACCAGUGAUACCACCUUUGGGGUUCAGGUGGAUUAGGCUUUCACUGAAGAUUCAGUUCUUGGGUUAAAAUGGUUUGCUGCUUUCAUGAUGCUUUAAAGACUAAUUUUUACAUUAACUGAGCCUUCAGACAUAUCCAGUAUUAUUACAACAACAUCAUAUACUCACAUAACGUUGCUUCAUUUUGGGGGAAACACACUUUUACCUAAAAAAGAAAACAAAAAAAAGAAUACUAGGUUGGACUUGGUAAGUGCAAUUUGAGUGGACAUCUGAGUGUAAGUUUGGCUGUGUGUGGCCAAACAGUCCAAACAGAGGACUAACAGAGGACAGAGAAAUAGACAUUGUGUUAUUGGAACUUUGAAUGCGACUGCAAAAACAAAAAAAAAGAAGAAGAAGAAGAAGAAGGAAAAAAAGCUGUUUAAAGCGAUUUAUUUAAGCUGUAAAGUGUUGUUUCGUUUCUCUUUCGAGGAAGAUGCUGCACUACAUUGGCUGACAAAAGGAGAGAGAAGAGCACUCCCAUUACUGUGAUUAUCUGGUGUACUCCAGUUUUCAGCAUGCUGCUGAGAAGAAGAUGAAGAAAACCAAGGCCUUGAUGGCUAUUCAGUCACACCAAACCAUAACAUCAGACAGAUUUCACUUCUUUGCUCUUCAUCUUGCUUGUAUAACAUUGUGUAUAUUGCCUUAU